AUGUAUAAAGAUGAGAGAAAUUAUUUCGGUAAUCACGAAUGCUUUUGGAAACCUACACUCCGAAUGUCUCCGAAUGUAAAAGUGCUUCCAAAAAACGGCGAUGCUCAUUUAGCUGUUAGUAAAUAA